AAAAUUGAAAAUUGAAAAUAAAACCUUCCAAAGUAGCAUCCUUUAUCGCUGCAAUGGCGAUGAGAGAGCUCUCGCAGCUUAACAGAGACAGCGACGGUGAUGAAGAAGUAUGGGUCAAACACUAUUCAUCCAACCAUCAGAUACUUCUCGUCGGCGAAGGAGAUUUCUCAUUCUCUCACAGCUUAGCCACUCUCUUCGGCUCUGCUUCCAAUAUCUGCGCUUCCUCUCUCGAUUCAUACGAUGUUGUGGUUAGAAAGUACAAGAAGGCAAGAUCAAACCUUAAAACUUUGAAGAGACUUGGAGCUUUACUUUUACAUGGAGUUGAUGCUACCACACUGCAUUUUCACCCUGACCUUCGUUAUAGAAGAUUUGAUCGCGUCAUCUUCAACUUCCCUCACGCCGGUUUCCACGGCAGAGAGUCUGAUUCCUCUCUUAUACGGAAGCAUAGAGAACUGGUGUUUGGAUUUUUCAAUGGUGCAAGCCGUUUGCUAAGAGCUAAUGGGGAAGUUCAUGUCUCUCACAAGAACAAAGCACCUUUUUCUGAGUGGAAUCUCGAGGAGCUCGCUAGCAGAUGCUUUCUUGUGUUGAUUCAACGUGUGGCCUUCGAGAAGAACAAUUACCCUGGUUAUGAGAAUAAGAGAGGAGAUGGGCGUAGAUGUGACCAACCUUUCCUUUUGGGAGAGUGCAGUACUUUCAAGUUCAGAUUCUCUCGUGUCGCUAAGGAACUUUAUGCAGAGAAAGUGAGAUCGAGAGAAGUGAAGGAACGAGAAUCAAUGUAUCCGGAAGCUAUUUUAAACAAGCAGCCAGUGUCAUUUGACCAUAGGUAUCGCCUCCAAACAGAAUUUGAAGCUAUCGCGGGGACUAUAACCUUAGGCAAGUCCAAGAUCCUCUGGUUAAGUCAAGAGAAAGGACAUCUCCAUUGGAUCUUUGUUACUACCAAGAACGUAGAUGUUUACAGCUCGAAGAUUCCCGUUUUCCUCAUCUGUACGCUGGAGAGUCGCCAGAGAGACAUCGCCUGCUUUGUCAAGACUUUCCAGUUCAAGCUAGUCAAGAACCACUAUCCGAAUACUCUAACCGCUGGAGUGGAGUUUCUCGUGAAAUUUAUAACUGGGAAGUACGAAGAAUGUCAACAAGUAACUUAUCUUCGAAAGAACUUCUCAGGAUACGGUGAUGGAAACAAGGUGAGUGAAGCUUGGAGUGACUCAAGCAUCUCUAAGAAUGGCGUGAUUUAUGUUAUAUUCUGUUUCUUAGCAUGGCAGUUAGUUAACUACUGACAACUCAAAACUGCGAAGAUCUCGAUAUGGAGAUGUUAUUUUGGGGUAAUUUUGGAGAAUGUUCAGUAGAAAAUUGUUGUCACUGUGAGUCUUGGCUUCUUGCUACUUGCAUUGUCUUCAGGAGAUAAUUAUCUUUGUCGCUGUACUUCUGGAAGAUC